UGGUAGCAACAUGCCACUGUGAAGUGGCAGGAAAAAGAAAGAGCGUAUGUCGUUUUUAAUUGGUCCACAUUGUAAUUUAAUAAAAUGAGGUGGCUUAUUUCUUGUUUAUUUCUCAUUUUUUUGAGCUCUAACGCAAACUGUUAUUUCAUUACUGUGGAUGCUCAUGCUGAAGAAUGUUUCUUUGAUAAGGUAGAAGCAGGCACGAAAAUGGGACUUACAUUUGAAAUAGCUGAAGGUGGAUUUUUAGACAUAGAUGUAAAAAUAAUUGGUCCCGAUGGAAAAAUAAUUUAUCAAGGUGACCAAGAAAGUAGUGGUAAAUACACAUUUGCUGCACAUCUCCGUGGCAUUUAUACAUACUGCUUUGGAAAUCAAAAAAGUAGUAUGACACCAAAAGUUGUAAUGUUUAAUAUGGAUAUUGGCGAAAAUCUAAAGCCUAUAGAACAUACUUCAGAUGAAAAUGCACCUGAUGCAUACCAUAACAAAAUAGAUGAUAUGAUCAAAGAAUUAAGUACAAGUUUGUGGGUUGUGAAAAGUGAACAAGAAUACAUGCAGGUUAGAGAUCGAAAUCAUAGAGCUAUCAAUGAAAGCACAAAUUCUCGUGUAGUUAUGUGGGCAUGUUUUGAAGCUACAGUUUUGGUUUGUAUGUCAAUAGGACAAAUUUUGUAUUUAAAACGAUUUUUUGAAGUUAGGAGAGUUGUCUAAUUUAAAACAUGCAAUA